AUGGAGAAGGGAACUGUGAGGAGAUUACAAAUUGAAGAAUCGAUUUUCCGUCAACAAGGGGCAAACACGUCGUUGAAUCAUGUUACUCGUGUUCUAUUUUGUGGACCUCACUUUCCUGAUUCUCAGAAUUUUACAAAAGAAUACUUGAAAGACUAUCCAAUGGUUCAGAUUGAUGAUAUUCCAUUUGAGAAUGUGUCUGCUAUGAUUGGUGACUAUGAUAUUUGUGUGGUUAAAAACUUUGAAAUGAACUCUGAUGUCAUCUCUCGUGCCAAGAACAUGAAGCUCAUAAUGCAAUUUGGAGUUGGGCUCGAUGGUGUUGACAUAAAUGCUGCGACAAAACAAGGAAUAAAGGUGGCUAAAAUUCCAAGUGGCGAAACUGGAAAUGCUGCUUCAUUUGCUGAAAUGGUUGAUGAGAGAGGAAGCCAUGAUGAUAUUUUAAAGUUUGCAAGUAAAGCUGAUAUUGUUGUCUCUUGUUUACCUAUGACUACUGAAACUAUUGGCAUAGUGAAUAACGAUUUCAUAUCUGCUAUGAAAAAGGGUGCCCUUUUAAUUAAUAUAGGUCGAGGUGGUGUUUUAGAUUAUGAGGCUGUUUAUAAUAAUCUUAAAUUGGGACAUUUGGGAGGAUUAGGAAUUGAUGUUGUUUGGACUGAACCAUUUGAUCCUCUUAAUCCAAUUCUUCAACUUCCUAAUGUUAUAAUUACACCUCAUGUAGCUGGUGUCACUCAAUCCUCCUUUAGAUACAUGGCCAAAGUUGUUGGGGACGUUGCUCUUCAACUCCAUGCAGGAAAAAUGUCUUAUAUUGGAAUAGAAAUCGUCAACUAAAGCAGUAUACUAAAGAAGUACUCUCUAUAUCAUGUACA